AUGGAGUAUCGAAGCUCCGUCCGACAAUGAGAGUCUAUAAAUAUCUUCUUAGUUCUUCUUCCACCACUAAACAAUCUUCAUUUUUUUAGAACAAUUCCUCUUUCAAUUGAACAAAUCAAGAUGCUCUUCUUCAAAUCUUCAUCCGGAGCAGUGCACCAAGAAUCCCAGCUGCCCCCGGAGGAGCUCAAGGAAACCUGCGCCGUUUCUGGCUCACCUGUCUCACUGACGGUGUGGAGGAAGUCACUCCUACUCUCCUGCAACGGCUUCACAGUGAUCGAUCGUAACGGAAACAUCGUAUACAGAGUCGACAAUUACACCGGACGACCAGAGGAAAUGAUUCUGAUGGACGGCCUCGGAAAAUCCGUCCUCACAAUGUGCCGUUCCAAGAAGCUAGGAUUAGGGGAAAACUGGUGCGUAUACGAAGGGGAAGUAGAAGGAAAAACUAAGGGAAGAAAGAACAAACCAAUAUGUCGAGUGAAGAAGAACAUAAACAUACUACAUGUGGAUCCGAAUAGGAAAGUACUAGCGCAUGUAUACGAUUACAGAAUAUCGAAGAAGAAGUACGCGUAUAGCGUGGAAGGUUCAUACGGAGAGCGAUCGUGCAAGGUAUUGGAUGGUGCGUCGAGGAGAGUGGUGGCGGAGGUGAGGAGGAAGGAGGCGGUGAAGGGCGGGGUUUGUUUUGGGGGGGAGGUAUUCGUUCUGGUGAUUGUUCCUGGUUUUGAUUGUGGAUUAGCGAUGGCUUUGGUUUUACUUUUGGAUCAAAUGUUCUCUUAGAAUUUGAAUUCGGUUCUUCUUCUUGUUCUUAAUUAAUUGGUGUCCUUCUCCAUAGUCCAUAAUUUCUGGAAAGGGAUUUUUAAUUUUUUUUUUCAAAAUCCUUUUCUUUAAAAUAUUUGAGUGUACAAAAUUGGUUUGUUGAAGAACAGAGUAGACGUAAUAACAUUUGCUUUUGUGUUUGUCUGUCUUUCA